GUGGCUGAAGCAGGCGGGCUCAGGUUACACUGUGCCUCCUGUGUUGGGGGUGGGGGACAGCGAGUGACACAGCAUACAACAGACACUUACAUAACCGUGACUUCAGGGGACAGGAUCGAGCUGGGGAGGAACCUCUCAAGCUCAGGCACAGGGUCUUAGAACACUCGCAGCCUUUGACUCUUCCUCUCACUCGGCUUGAAAGGCAGCUUCAGAAACAUCUCUCCCUCAAACUAUAGACUUUCCAUUUCUCUCGGAUCUCCUUCCCCUUUCCCUUCGGUGAUUAAGUUCACGGACACAUAACAUUUGAGGAUUAGAAGGGAGCACAGAAGUCUCAGAGUGCAGCUGUCUACAGACGUCACCCGGAGGCCGGCUCCACGGUGGAACCCCCCGCAGCUGUGUCGAUGGUCCAGGGAAGAUAGUGGCACCGGGCGCGGGAAGAGCAGCGGCCCCGCCGCACCGAGCACGAUGAGCAUGCUGAGGCCCAGCGGGCUCAAGGUGCCCACCAAGAUCCUCAAGCCCGGCGCCACGGCCCUGAAGGCGCCGGCCGCUGCCGCAGCCCCCGCGGAAAAGCCGCCGGCGCCCAGCGACAAGGCGCCCGGCGGCCCCCCCUCCGAGGCGCCCGAGGAGUUCGUGGACGACUUCCGGGUCGGGGAGCGCGUCUGGGUGAAUGGCAACAAGCCCGGCUUCAUCCAGUUCCUGGGGGAGACCCAGUUCGCCCCCGGCCAGUGGGCCGGGAUCGUGCUGGACGAGCCCAUCGGCAAGAACGACGGCUCGGUGGCGGGGGUCCGGUACUUCCAGUGCGGGCCCCUGAAGGGCAUCUUCACGCGGCCCUCGAAGCUGGCGCGGAAGCUGCAGGCCGAGGAUGAGGCCAACGGGCUGCAGGCGGCGCCCGCCGGCCGGGCGCCCUCGCCCCUGUGUGCGUCCCCGGCCGGCGCCACGGCCCCCUCCCCGGCGCCCCCCGCCAGUGCCGCCCCGAAGCCGUCCCAGCCGGCAGCCAAGGACGCCCCGGCCACGCCGCCCAUCAGCAACCUCACGAAGACUGCCAGCGAGUCUACCUCCAACCUCUCGGAGGCCGGCUCGGUCAAGAAGGGAGAACGGGAGCUCAGGAUCGGGGACCGGGUGCUGGUCGGCGGCACCAAGGCCGGCGUGGUCCGGUUCCUCGGGGAGACGGACUUCGCCAAGGGGGAGUGGUGCGGCGUGGAGCUAGACGAGCCUCUGGGCAAGAACGACGGGGCCGUCGCCGGAACGAGGUACUUUCAGUGUCAGCCCAAAUAUGGCCUGUUCGCUCCCGUGCACAAGGUGACCAAGAUCGGCUUCCCGUCCACCACGCCGGCCAAAGCCAAGGCCGCCGCCGUGAGGCGCGUGAUGGCCACCACGCCCGCCAGCCUGAAGCGCAGCCCGUCGGCGUCCUCGCUCAGCUCCCUGAGCUCCGUGGCCUCCUCCGUGAGCAGCAAGCCCAGCCGCACAGGAUUACUGACCGAGACCUCCUCCCGCUACGCCCGGAAGAUCUCCGGCACCACCGCCCUCCAGGAGGCCCUGAAGGAGAAGCAGCAGCACAUUGAGCAGCUGCUGGCCGAACGGGAUCUGGAGAGGGCGGAGGUGGCCAAGGCCACGAGCCACGUGGGGGAGAUAGAGCAGGAGCUAGCGCUGGCCCGGGACGGACACGACCAGCACGUCCUGGAGCUGGAGGCCAAGAUGGACCAGCUGCGGGCCAUGGUGGAAGCUGCCGACAGGGAGAAGGUGGAGCUUCUCAACCAGCUGGAGGAGGAGAAAAGGAAGGUUGAGGACCUUCAGUUCCGGGUCGAGGAGGAAUCCAUCACGAAAGGCGACCUUGAGCAAAAGAGCCAGAUUUCUGAAGAUCCUGAGAAUACGCAGACCAAACUGGAGCAUGCCCGCAUUAAGGAGCUUGAACAGAGCCUGCUCUUUGAAAAGACCAAAGCUGACAAACUCCAGAGGGAGUUAGAAGACACUAGGGUGGCCACAGUGUCAGAAAAGUCUCGUAUCAUGGAGCUGGAGAAAGACCUGGCCCUGCGGGCGCAGGAAGUAGCCGAGCUGCGGAGGCGGCUCGAGUCCAGCAAGCCCGCCGGGGACGUGGACACGUCGCUGUCCCUUCUGCAAGAGAUAAGCGCGUUGCAAGAGAAGCUGGAAGCCACCCGCACCGACCACCAAAGAGAAAUGGCGUCCCUGAAGGAGCAGUGUGGGGCCCGGGAGGAAGCCCAGCGGAAGGAGAUGAAGGCCCUGCAGGCCUCCACGGAGAAGCUCUCCAAGGAGAACGAGUCGCUGAGGAGCAAGCUGGAGCACGCCGACAAGGAGAACGCGGACGUGAUCGCGCUGUGGAAGUCGCGGCUGGAGACGGCCAUCGCGUCCCACCAGCAGGCCAUGGAGGAGCUGAAGGCGUCCUUCAGCAAGGGCGUCGGGGCGGAGACGGCGGCGCUGGCCGAGCUGAAAACGCAGAUCGAGAGGGCGCGGCUGGAUUACCAGCGCGAGAUAGAGACCUUGCAGAGCAAGCAGGACUCGGAGCGGUCCGCCCAUGCCAAAGAGAUGGAGGCCGUCCGGGCGAAGCUGAUGGAGGUCAUCGGCGAGAAGGAGAGCAGCCUGGAAGCCGUGCAGUCGAAGCUGGACAGGGCCGAGGAGCAGCACCUGGUGGAGAUGGAGGACACGCUGAGCAAGCUGCAGGAAGCGGAAAUCAAGGUAAAGGAGCUAGAGGCGCUACGAGCCAAAUGCGGUGAACAGACCAGGGUCAUUGAUGAUUUUACAUCGCAGCUCAAGGCUGCCGAGGAGAAGCUCUUGGACCUUGACACGCUUCAGAAAGCCAGUUCCGAAGGUAAAGCGGAAGUCGAGACGCUUAGACAGCAGCUGGAGGCGGCUGAGAAGCAGAUUAAAAGUUUAGAGGCUGCAAAGGAGGCCGAAAGUGGCAAGGCUAGUAGCAUCGCCAAAGAGCUGCAGGGGAGGGAGCUCACGCUCAGUGAACUCCAGGAGCGUUCGAGCGCGGUCAGUCGAGCGAAGGAGGCUCUGGAGAAGGAGCUGCAGACCCUGAGAGAGAAGUUUGCCGGUGCCUCAGAGGAGGCGGCCUCCGUGCAGAGGAGCAUGCAAGAAACUGUCAAUAAACUACACCAAAAAGAGGAGCAGUUCAACGCACUGUCUUCCGAACUGGAGAAGCUGAGAGACAACUUGACAGACAUGGAGGCGAAAUUCAGGGAGCGAGACGAGAGAGAAGAGCAGCUGAUAAAGGCAAAAGGAAAACUGGAGAACGACAUCGCGGAAAUCAUGAGAAUGUCAGGCGACAACUCCUCUCAGCUGACCAGAAUGAAUGACGAGCUGCGUCUGAAGGAGAGAAACAUAGAAGAACUGCAGCUGAAACUCACCAAGGCCAACGAGGGCGCAGGCAUUCUGCAGAGAAGCCUUGCAGAAGCGACGCUCAAGGCCGAACAGAGCCAGCGAGAAGCGGCUGAAAAGCACGAGGUGGAAAAGCGAGAGCUGCUGGAAAAGCUGCUGGACCUGGAGAAGAAGGCGGAAGUGAGCCACAACCAGUGCCAGGACCUGAAAGCCAGGUACGAGGGAGCCAGCGCCGAGACCCGGGCGAAGCACGAGGAGGCGGUGCGGGAGCUGCAGCAGCGGCUGCAGGACGCGGAGCAGCGGCUGGCGGUGGCGCAGGAGCAGCACCGGGACCUGCUGCAGGAGACGGUGGAGCUGAGGAAGCAGGCCGACAAAGCCAGAUCGCUAACCUAUUUGUUAACAUCAGCCAGAAAAGAGAUUGAGCUCAUGUCAGAAGAGCUGAGGGGUCUGAGAUCCGAGAAGCAGCUUCUCGCGCAGGAGGGGAACGCUUUAAAGUUAGAGAAGGGUUCGCUUUUGUCCAAGCUGGUCAAGGUGGAGGCCAAGAUAACGUUGCUGCAGGAAGACCAGCAGAAGCUGUGGUCCGUAAACGACACUCUCAAUCUAGAGAAGGAGAAGGUCCUGGAGGAGAAGCGGGAGGCCGAGAGGCUGUGGCAGCAGGAGCAGCGCCGCGGCGACGCUCUGGCUGCUGAGAGGGAGAAACUGCUCCAAGAGGUGGACACCGCGCAGGGAGAGCUCUUGAAGAUACACACGGAGAACAACUCCUUGCAGGCCUCCAACGCAACCCUGCAGGCUCUCGUAGAAGAGCUCCGGCUCAGCAAAGACAGCCUGACCGCCGAGUGCCAGAAGGGCUGGGAGGAAAAAGACCGCCUGGACAGUCACGCCAAGAAGCUCGUGACCGAGCACCUGGCCCUGGCGAAAGAGAAAGACGAAACGAUUCAGAAGCUCCGGAGCGCUUACGAGGAGCUGACCAGAGACCAGAGAGCCUUGGUGCAGGAGGUCACAGACCUCACAGCCCAGAAAAAGUCGGCGUCCGAGAGGCAGGCAGGCCUUGAAAACACGUGCGCGGCCUUAAAGGCCGAGAGAGACGCUCUCCUGCAGAGCAGCCGGGACCUGCAGCUGGAGAAGGACGCGCUGCAGCAGGAGCAGGAGAAGCUGAACGCCAGCCUGGCGGCUGCCCUGCAAAUCAAACAACUGCUCAGCGCCGAGGCCAGCGGGCUGCGCGCGCAGCUGGACGGCGCCAGCAAAGCACUGAGGAAGGCGGAGCUGGAGACCUUGCAGCUCCAGGCCGCCAAGGGCAGCCUCGCAAAGCUGCUGGAGGAGAUUCAGGCCAGCCGGGCGGUCACGGACUCCGAGUGCCUGCAGCUCCUGCACGAGAAGGAGACCCUGGCCGCGUCGGAGAGGAGGCACCUGGCCGAGAAGGAAGACCUGGCUCGCGAGAACAGGCUGCUGGCCGACAGGCUCAGCCAGUGCUCGGAUGAGGCCGCCCGCGCCGAGGUGAGCCUGAACGAGAAGCUCGCCUACCUGACUUCCGAGAGGGACACGGCGUGUCAGAAAAUCUGCAAGGUCAAGAAGCAGCUCGACAGCACCUUGAAAGAAAAAGCCGCGCUGGAAAUGCGGAACGGAGACCUGCUUGCCGAAAGAGAGAACUCCGCCAACGCCAUGGGAGAGCUGAAACGGAAGUACGACGAGGAGUGCGCGAGCAGGAGGGUGGCCGUGCAGGAGAAGAUGAAGCUGCUGGGCACCCUCGACGUGCUGAAGAAGGAGCUGCAGGAGAGACGGAGAGAAAACCAGGAGCUGGCCGCCACCCAGCGCGAGCUGUCCCUGCUGCUGAAGGAGGCUCAGAGCGCCAAGAGGCACCUGGAGAAAGAGCACACGAGCAUCCAGCAAGCCAGGGAGAGCCUGAACGCUGAGCUCGAGACCUGCUGGUCCGAGAAGGGCGUGCUGCAGGAGGAGUGUCAGAAACUGAGCCAAGAGAUGCAGACGGCGCAGCAGUCGCUGCUGCUGGAGAAGGAAGCCAGAGCCAAGGACAGCGAGUCCUCCCUGCACGAGCACAGCAAGCUCCGCGGGCGAGUGGCGCUCCUGCAGCAGGAGCUGGAUGAGGUCAGGGCCUGCGCCGAGACGCUGCAGUCCGAGAACUGUGCGCUGGCCCAAGAGAAGGCCGCCUCGGAGCAGAAGGUGGCGGAGAUACUCAAGGAGAAGGAGCUGCUGGCCGCGGAGACGGCGCAGCUCGCCGCCAACAUCGAGACCCUGAAGGGCGACUUCGCCUCCCUGUCCAAGUCCAAGGCGGAGCUGCAGGAGCUGCACACCUGCCUCACGGCGAUCCUGGACGACCUGCGGCUGGACCACGAGGCGGCCCUGGCCGACCGGGCCAAGGCGCUGCAGGACAGCCAGAGCCUGCUGGCCGAGAAGCGGGAGGCGGCGCUGAAGAGGGACGAGCUCCUGAAGGAGAAGGAGAAGCUGGCCGAGAGCUACUUCGUCCUGCAGAAGGAGAUCAGCCAGCUGGCCAAGACCAACAGCCACAUCUCGGCCAACCUCCUGGAGUCUCAGAACGAAAACCGUAUUUUGAGGAAAGACAAGAGCAAGCUCACUCUUAGAAUUAGAGAGCUCGAGACGCUGCGCUCGCUGACGGCUGCGCAGACGGCGGACGACGCCAUGCAGAUCGUGGAGCAGAUGACCAAGGAGAAGACCGCCACUCUGGCCUCGCUGGAGGACACGAAGCAGACCAACGAGAAGCUGCAGAGCGAAUUGGACACGCUGAAGGAAAACAACCUGAAGAACGUGGAGGAGCUGAACAAAUCCAAGGAACUCCUGACCGCGGAGAACCAGAAAAUGGAGGAGUUCAGGAAGGAAAUAGAGACGCUGAAGCAGGCAGCGGCCCAGAAGUCCCAGCAGCUCUCGGCGCUGCAGGAGGAGAACGUGAAACUUGCCGAGGAGCUGGGGAGGCGGAGGGACGAAGUCUCGACCCACCAGAAGGUGGAGGAGGAGAGAUCUGUGCUCAACAAUCAGUUGUUAGAAAUGAAAAAGAGAGAAUCCAAGUUAUUAAAAGACACCGAUGAAGAAAAAGCUUCCUUGCAGAAGUCCAUCAGUAUUACUAGUGCCUUACUCACGGAGAAGGACGCGGAGCUGGAAAGACUGCGGAAUGAGGUGACGGCGCUCAGGGGGGAGAACGCCUCGGCCAAGUCCCUGCAUUCCGUCGUGCAGACUCUGGAGUCCGACAAGGUGAAGCUUGAGCUCAAGGUCAAGAACUUGGAGCUGCAACUCAAGGAGAACAGGAGGCAGCUCAGCAGCUCCUCAGGCAACACCGACGCCCAGGCGGAGGAGGACGAGCGGGCCCAGGAGAGCCAGCAAAUGAUUGACUUCCUGAAUUCGGUAAUAGUGGACCUCCAGAGGAAGAACCAAGACCUCAAGACGAAGGUGGAGAUGAUGUCAGAGGCAGCCCUCAAUGGGAACGGCGACGACCUGAACAAUUACGACAGCGACGACCAGGAGAGGCAGCCCCGGAAGCCACCUCGCCUCUUCUGCGACAUCUGCGACUGCUUCGACCUCCACGACACGGAGGACUGCCCCACCCAGGCGCAGAUGUCCGAGGACCCGCCCCACUCCACGCACCACGGCAGCCGCGGCGAGGAGCGCCCGUACUGCGACAUCUGCGAGGUGUUCGGGCACUGGGCCACCAACUGCCACGACGACGAGACCUUCUGACGGAGCCGCGGGCCGCGAGCCCGGCUCCCGCGGGCGCCCCGGCGUGCGGGCGGCCAAACACCAGCAUCUCGCGCGUGUGCGGACUUCAGGAGAACGCACGUUAUUUUUGACCCCCCGUCGACAAAUCUAAGAGAUUAUUUUGAUCUUCAACAAAUCGCUCGUUUAGUUUCCCCUUCCAAGUUAGAGUAAUAAAUAACGGAACACGUAGUAGGUGGGUUUUCACCUCUCACGUCGUCCCCCGACCUUGGAGUCCGAGCGAGACGUGGCACCAGAGGCCGUUAUGCGUGCCGUCCCCGAGGGAAACCUCAUAGAACAGCCCCCUCCCCCCGACACCUUAUUUAAGUAAGUUAUGCCGUUACUUUUCAUAUUUGCACUAAAACCUCUCCAGGCUGCGUUUGUAUAUUUAGACCUUUUGGUUAAGCUUUGACACUGGAAUGAGUUGGAAAAAUGUGCCAUUUCGCAUUUUCAUCUACUCGUUUAUAAAGCAUUCUACUCCUAGUCGAAGAAGUACCUGAGCUCUUUGCACUACCUGCGGUCAGUGGUGCCUUCACUCGGCUUGGUGGCGCUUGGGUGCGCUCACGCAAUCACGGGCCAGGGAGGGGCGGGGCGAGCCCCCGAGCCGCUGGGGGCCGGUCUGUAACCCAUAUGCUGCACCCACUUCCUCACUGUGGCGUUUUAUUGGUUUUACAUAAUUUCAGCCUCUAUAUAUUAUAUGUAUAUAUUUUUAAAAAAUCUCUAUUUUGGGAAAAAGCAUACACAAUGUGUCUUUCUUUUCAGACUUUUACCUUUAUGAAAAAGAAAACAGAGUAUUCGUCAGGACAUAAUGGGCAGGGCCAGAAAGAGCAUCACACGGAGUUGGAAGCAUCUUUUCUUUGGUUUUCGUUCUGUUUCUUCGUCAGAGAGAAAUAAAUACAAAUUUCUUCCUUCUCCCACAGAUAUCCCCCACAGUCAGUCAAUUAGACAAUAAACCACCACACAACACACCUACAUUAACCAGUCUGCAAUCUACAAGUUUUUACUGUCUUGAGAUGAAUGUAUGAUGAGAAAUUCAACAUGAAUAAUUUUGGAUUUUCUUAUCACAAAAAAAUUAAAUGAAGGACCUCAGCCUCCAGAAGUUUAUCAACCAGUUUGGAUCUAUUUAUCUCGAUUUGAAUGUCUUCUAGAAGAUGUAAAAAGUAAUAAAUGUACCUUCCAUGUUACGUGUAUGAUAAGAACUUCUAUAAUUGUAUAUAUGCCUUUGAUGUAUUUUCCCCUCAAGAUUAUUAACAGUGUGUUUGGCAAGUGAAAAAUCUGUAACCAGUUGAAAUUUUCUGGUUAUAAACAUAAUAGGAAUUGUUUCACAAACAAUAUGUAAAUCAGUAUUAAAAGUUGAGCAAACAUGUUCUGUACCUACUUUAAUAAAUGGUUCUUCUCUUUUGC